CGCCCCCUCCCCGGCCGCCAUGUUGGGGGAGGGGGCGCGGUGCGGGCAGAGCGGAGCCGCCCCCGCCGAGCAGCAGCAGUAGCCGAGCCAGUUCCUGCGCCGCCGCCGCCCGCCGCCGCCGCGCUCUAUGGGCCGGCGGAGGGGAGCCGCCGGCUCGGCAGCGCGCUGCCCUUGAGGCCGCAGCAGCAGCAGCAGCAGCCGCCGCCGCGGAGCCGGGACAUGAGCAGCGGCUGCGAGCGGCGGCGGCUCCCCGGCUAGCGGGCGCGGGGACAUGGUGCCGUUCGCCCCUCUGGAGGACGCGGAGGAGCCGGAGCCCUGCCACAAAAUGGAGCUGUGCGUGAGUGGCGGCGAGCUGAAUGGUCUUAAAAUGGUGGAUGAGCCCAUGGAAGAAGGAGAACCAUAUUCUUACAAUGAUGAAGGAAAUGUGAAAGAAAUUCCUAUUACCCAUCAUGUGAAAGAAGGGUGUGAGAAAGCAGAUCCUGCACAGUUUGAAUUACUUAAGGUUCUUGGUCAGGGAUCAUUUGGAAAGGUUUUUCUUGUGAGGAAAAUAAUUGGUCCUGAUGCUGAGCAGCUUUAUGCAAUGAAAGUAUUGAAAAAAGCUUCUCUAAAAGUACGAGAUAGAGUUCGUACAAAGAUGGAGAGAGAUAUAUUAGUAGAAGUAAAUCAUCCAUUUAUCGUCAAACUGCACUAUGCCUUUCAGACCGAAGGGAAGCUAUAUUUAAUAUUGGAUUUUCUCAGGGGAGGAGAUGUAUUCACACGAUUAUCCAAAGAGGUUAUGUUUACAGAGGAAGAUGUGAAAUUCUACCUCGCAGAACUGGCCCUUGCUUUGGAUCAUCUACACAGCUUGGGAAUAGUAUACAGGGAUCUGAAGCCAGAAAACAUUUUGCUUGAUGAAGCAGGACAUAUCAAGUUAACAGACUUUGGACUCAGCAAAGAAUCAGUAGAUCAAGAGAAGAAGGCCUACUCUUUCUGUGGUACUGUAGAAUACAUGGCACCUGAAGUAGUAAACAGGCGAGGCCACAACCAGAGUGCCGAUUGGUGGUCAUUUGGUGUUCUUAUGUUUGAAAUGCUUACUGGUACACUACCAUUUCAAGGUAAAGAUCGAAAUGAAACUAUGAAUAUGAUACUAAAAGCAAAGCUUGGAAUGCCACAAUUCCUUAGCCCUGAAGCGCAAAGCCUUCUAAGGAUGUUGUUUAAAAGGAACCCAUCAAACAGAUUAGGAGCUGGUUCAGAUGGAGUUGAAGAAAUCAAGAGACAUCCUUUUUUUUCAACAGUUGAUUGGAAUAAACUGUUCAGAAGAGAAAUUCAGCCCCCAUUUAAACCUGCUUCUGGUAAGCCAGAAGAUACCUUCUGUUUUGAUCCAGAAUUCACAGCAAAAACCCCCAAAGAUUCUCCAGGAGUUCCACCUAGUGCUAAUGCGCAUCAGCUGUUCAAAGGAUUUAGCUUUGUUGCAACUACUGCCAUAGAAGAUCAUAAAAUUUCACCCCUCACCAAUAUAUUGCCAAUAGUACAGCAACUUCAUGGAAACAGUGCAGAGUUCACUGAUGUGUAUGAGCUGAAGGAGGAUAUUGGUGUUGGCUCCUACUCUGUUUGCAAGAGAUGUGUGCACAUAGCUACCAAUAUGGAGUUUGCUGUGAAGAUAAUUGACAAAAGUAAGAGAGAUCCCUCAGAAGAAAUUGAGAUUUUGAUGCGCUAUGGACAACACCCUAAUAUAAUUACUUUAAAAGAUGUGUAUGAUGAUGGCAGAUAUAUUUACCUGGUCACUGAAUUGAUGAAGGGAGGAGAGCUGCUUGAUCGGAUUCUCCGACAAAAGUAUUUCUCAGAACGGGAGGCUAGUGCUGUAUUGUACACUAUAACUAAAACAGUUGACUACCUUCAUUGUCAAGGAGUAGUGCAUCGAGACCUUAAGCCAAGUAAUAUUUUAUAUAUGGAUGACUCAAACAAUGCUGACUCUAUCAGGAUUUGUGAUUUUGGAUUUGCAAAACAACUUCGAGGGGAGAAUGGACUUCUUUUAACUCCUUGCUACACUGCCAACUUUGUAGCACCAGAGGUUCUCAUGAGACAGGGAUAUGAUGCUGCUUGUGAUAUCUGGAGCUUGGGUGUUCUCCUUUACACAAUGCUGGCAGGCUAUACUCCUUUUGCCAAUGGUCCCAAUGAUACUCCUGAGGAAAUCCUGUUACGAAUAGGCAGUGGAAAAUUCUCUUUAAGAGGAGGCAACUGGGACACUGUUUCAGAUGCAGCAAAGGACUUGCUAUCCCAUAUGCUUCAUGUAGAUCCACAUCAGCGAUAUACGGCAGAGCAAGUAUUAAAACACUCGUGGAUAGCCUGCAGGGACCAGUUGCCUCAUUAUCAGCUAAACAGACAAGAUGCACCACAUCUAGUUAAGGGGGCCAUGGCUGCCACGUAUUCUGCACUGAAUCACAAGAUAUUUCAGCCAGUCUUAGAGCCUGUUGCAGCUUCAAGUUUAGCUCAACGACGAAGCAUGAAAAAGCUAACUUCAACAGACUUAUAGAUCCACUGGGGCACGUUAGCCAAACUGGAGCAAAGGAAAAUCCAAUAAGUGGCUCUAUAUCUGCCUGACCUGUGAUUGAAAGACAUAUAUGGUUUCCUGCUACACUACUUGAAUUCUGUAAAAGUCCUUUUUUAAAA